AUGGCGGCUCUGGGCAGACUGCGGACCAAGGCCCUUCUCAACAUGGCGCCGCCCCCUGGCCGCCCCACGCCAUCCUGCGCCGUCGGCCGCACUGACGUAAGGCAGUCGCGGCGGCGGCUCUUGAGUGGAGGAAGAUGGCGGCUCUGGGCAGCUCGGGGUUCCGGCAGCUGUGAGUCCGAGAGCGUGGAGCGGGCUGGGCCAGCUGUCAAGUUUCCACUUGACAUGGCCAGCUCCUCGGACAGUGAAGAUGACAGUUUCAUGGCUGUGGACCAAGAAGAAACUGUGCUGGAAGGGACAAUGGAGCAAGAUGAGGAGCCCCACCCAGUCCCAGAAGUUGAGGAGACUAGACAUAAUAGGUCCAUGUCAGAGCUGCCAGAAGAGGUGUUGGAGUAUAUCCUGUCCUUUCUCUCACCAUAUCAGGAACACAAAACUGCAGCCCUUGUCUGUAAACAGUGGUAUCGACUUAUCAAAGGUGUAGCCCAUCAGUGUUACCAUGGUUUCAUGAAGGCCAUCCAGGAAGGAAACAUUCAGUGGGAAAGCAGAACUUACCCUUAUCCUGGAACUCCAAUCACUCAGCGGUUCUCACACAGUGCAUGCUAUUAUGAUGCUAAUCAAUCUAUGUAUGUGUUUGGAGGCUGUACCCAGAGCAGCUGCAAUGCUGCUUUUAAUGACCUCUGGAGACUUGACCUAAAUAGCAAAGAGUGGAUCCGGCCUUUGGCUUCAGGUAAGAAAUGA